AAUUCGAACAUACCUGACCAUGGCAGCGUCUACCUCUGCGCCAGCGAGGAUUGUGGGACUUGCCACCAUUCUAAUAAUGAUUGAAUGGUCAAAGAGCUUUACCGAGUUGUGGGCUUAUCCUAGGGCGAGAAGGAAUUCAUUCGUUGAGUUUGCUAGUAAUACAAAUAGCGCUUCAGACCACGUCGGCAAUUUAGACGCUUCAGUUUGGAAAGCUUUGUUGGACCGCUUUCAAGGAGACUUUGACAACUAUAAUCAAGUGAUCCAUGACCGCAAAAAGGGACUUUUACCCCGAGAGGGAGGUGGGCAUGAGCACAUACAUUGCAGUCUUGUUCCGGUCUCGGAAACGGCGCGGUUGGCAGCCUUUUACUUUGAUGGUGUCCCUGGAGCUAUCUUUCGCUUUCGCUUCUACGACCUAAUUCCUGUCGACGAAAGCACCAUCGACACAGUGCUUCAUACACUCCAUCCAGAGCUAGAAAGGCGGCUACGGCGUUGCCCAGAUCCAUCAUCAUGGCCGCUGUUUUUUGAAGAGUUUGGUGUCAAGGGCCGCGUUCAGCUCCUUCCAAAAUGCGACGUGCGAUGGUCAUGGGUACUUGACCCUGUCCAACACGACUAUGCACUCGACGAGGGCCCCAACGGGCUGCAUGCCGUUAUGGUGCACGGAGAAGCCUUGGUAGAAAGCCAGAUGAUGCCGGGUCAGAAAAUACUCAUCAAAGAUCAGCUCAGUUUGUGGCCAGACGAACUUUGGAUUCACGAUCGCGGCUUCGACCCAGACACGAUGCGCUUUAUUUACGGGAACCAAAGAGGGGUUCCUUAUCGACUAGAACGAGUAACGGAUAUUGCUCUGAAUAACGGUCGAACGAUUGUUCAAGAAGAUUUGGCUUGGACUUUAGGACCCGACUUUCGGAGCGAAGGUGAGUACCAAGAUAAAAUGGUCGCCGUUGGGGGAGGCUCUAGGCCCACAAAAUAG